AUGUUUCUGAAACAAGUAAAACAUUUGAUUUAAGUUUCAGGUAUUCUCAGGAGUGUAAAGAGAUGAGGAAUUCCUUAAAAUUCUAACAAGAACAAUUUUUACUACCUUGUCAAGCCUAUGAAUAGAAAGGAUUGAACACUUUAUUAAAUAUUUUUCAUACCUAAUCAUUUUUAGAUUGGAUGAAUUAAUAUACAACGUAUUUUAGAAAAUGGGAAACGAAAAAGAUCAUGGGAAAAUGAAUAUGCUAAUUCAAUUCCUAUUUGAUAUUGAGAAAAUUCAAACACACAUUAAACCUCUUUGGAUUGAAAUAUAUGAUCCUCAAUAUAUUUAAGAUACUGUUAUUGGAAUCCUUGAAUAACACUUUCCCAUGAUGAAAGAUUUAUUAAGUUCUUUAUGUUCAAGAGCAACAAGCAGGUAAAGUGAAUUGGUGGACGAGAAUGAAAGACCUCAACCAGCUAUAAAAAUAACCAACAACAACAAUACCAUUAAAUUGAGUGAAACCAAAAGAAACCUGAACCCCCUCCUCCUCCAAACCUGAAUAAUACAAAGGUUAACCUGUUCCAACCUAUUUAAACAAAAGAUCCCUAUCAUAGGUUGAGGAGGAGAAUAAAAAAAGCCUAGAAAAAUCGAAGAAGCAAGUUUAACGUACUUAUAAAAAGCCAAAUAAUUUGAAUAUAAAAUAGAUCAGAGACCAUCCAAUUAUGAAACAGUCAAAAAGAGGUUGA